AAUGACUUCUUAUUGUGAUACAACUCCUUAGAAAAUGCUCUAAAAUUAUAGCACAGAUCAUUCUUAAAGAUAUGUCUCUCCAUGUAGUGAUGAUUCUGACUAAGACUCUUAGAAUCUAAUUAAAUAACCUACGAUCAGAAAGAAGAGUUUUGCAACUCCUGGUGAUAAAAAUGAUUAAUCUGAUGGCAAAAGACAAUAAUUAAGAACUAAAUUCUGUAGGAACUUUCAAGAAAAAGGUUAUUGCCAAUACAAAGACAAGGUACAUUUAAAUGAAAUGAAAGUGUUCUUUUAUACAUGAGCCAUACAGAAUAGAGAACUUUACCAAUAGACGAACUAAACCUUGUAGAUGUUUCUUUUCAAUGGGUGUUUGCCCAUUUGGUCUAAAUUGCCAGUAUGCUCACUAUGAAGUUAUUGAUAAAGAGGAACUACGAGAUUUUGUUGAGAAGACUUUUAGGGAAUAAAAACUUAUGGUUCCCCUACAUCCAAGUAUAAAUUUAAUCAUCAUAAUUAGAUAAAUUGUAGCUAGAUAUCAGAAAAGACCUACAAAGAUUUUAACAUUUGUAUAAAAUUUUUGGAAGAAAAUUAAGUUUUAGAAGAGAUGAUUUACUUGUCAAUAUAUGCAGAGAGUAUUAUUAUAUUCUAUAUAAAAAGAAGAAAUUCCAUUUUCCUUAGACUUUGCUAAAGUGAGGUACAGGAAUUCGAUGACCUUCUUUAAUGAUUC